CCCUUUUGUCUCAUAUCGUUUCAUCUGUUUGACUUUCGGAUUAUCAACAAACACGUACUGAACCUCACUCAUGGAAUCCUGGUUCAUCAUCCUCGUCUCUCUGAGUGUCUGCGUGUUCAUAAGAACCAUAUUUUUCUCUCUUCACAACAAAACCAUCACCACCCCUCCUGGCCCCACCCACAUCCCAAUCAUCUCAAACAUCCUAUGGCUCCGAAAAACCUUAAAACUCGAACCGAUCCUCCGAACCCUCCACGCCAAAUACGGUCCCAUGGUAACUCUCCGCAUUGGAUCACGCCCCGCCAUAUUUAUCGCCGACAGAACCCUGGCCCACCAAGCCCUAAUCCAAAACGGUUCCUUUUUCUCCGACCGCCCCAAAGGCCUCGCCACCGGUAAAAUCCUCAACAGCAACCAACACAGCAUCAGCUCCGCCUCCUACGGCCCCACGUGGCGCGCCCUCCGCCGCAAUCUCGCCUCUGAGAUGCUCCACCCCUCACGCGCCAGGUCCUUCUCCGGAAUCCGCAAGUGGGUCCUACACACCCUCCUCACGCGCCUCAAAUCAGAUUCACAAUCCAACUAUUCAGUAAAAGUCGUUAACCAUUUUCAAUACGCCAUGUUCUGCUUGCUUGUGUUCAUGUGCUUCGGUGAAAGGCUUGACGAUGGGAUAGUCAGAGACAUCGAGCGCGUGCAGCGACAAAUGCUUCUGCGGCUCAGUAGGUUCAACGUGCUGAAUUUCUGGCCAAGGGUCACGCGCGUUUUGUGCCGCAAACGUUGGGAGGAGUUGCUGAGGUUUCGCAAGGAGCAAGAGGACGUGUUGGUUCCACUAAUAAGAGCCAAGAAGGAAAAGCGAGACAAAGACAAUGAAGGUUCAUUAAACGACGACGUAGUUGUUUCCUAUGUUGACACUUUGUUGGAUUUGCAAUUACCUGAAGAGAAACGCAAGCUGAAUGAAGGGGAACUUGUUACGCUCUGUAACGAGUUUUUGAAUGCGGGUACAGAUACAACUUCCACAGCGUUGCAGUGGAUAAUGGCGAAUUUGGUGAAGUACCCUCACGUGCAAGAAAAGGUGGUGGAUGAGAUUAGAGAAGUAGUUGGUGAGAGAGAAGAGAGGGAAGUGAAAGAAGAAGACUUGCAGAAACUACCUUAUCUGAAAGCUGUGAUUUUGGAAGGGUUAAGGCGACACCCACCAGGGCACUUUGUUUUGCCUCAUGCCGUGACUGAAGACGUGAUUUUGAAGGAUUAUUUGGUGCCUAAGAAUGGGACAGUGAAUUUCAUGGUGGCGGAGAUAGGGUUAGACCCUAAGGUAUGGGAGGAUCCAAUGGCGUUUAAGCCAGAGAGGUUUAUGAAUGAUGAAGGGUUUGAUUUUGAUAUAACUGGGAGUAAAGAGAUUAAGAUGAUGCCGUUUGGUGCUGGGAGAAGGAUAUGCCCUGGAUAUAACUUGGCUUUGCUUCAUUUGGAGUACUUUGUGGCUAAUUUGGUUUGGAAUUUUGAGUGGAAGGUUCCUGAGGGAGGGGAUGUGGAUUUUUCGGAGAAACAGGAAUUUACUACUGUCAUGAAAAAUGCAUUGCAGCUUCAUCUUUCUCCUAGGGUCUAGACUGAUCUGUACUGAUUGUACACAUCUCAUUAUGCAAUAAGGAAAAUGUCUAUCAAUAUUCAAUGAUAGGUUGGAAAAUAAUUUCAUGAUGUAUAAUUGGGAACUGUUAUCAAUUUCCUUUUUUUGUUCUA